AUCUCUCUAUCUGCAAAACUGGUUUCUUCUUACAACACGAGCUUUAUUAUAAAGCCAACAAAUUAAAGUUUAUUGAACUUGAGACACAUAUUCUAAAAUUGAUCCUAUUUAGGAAGUCGUGUCAUAGAUUGGCAUCUAACGGUCUAAGACUACAUCCACUAAUAUAUAAUAAUUACAUUCCUUUUUAUUUUUCACGAAUCGAUUUGGGAAAAAAAUGGGUGAUGAGAGAGAAGCUCUUAAAGGAAAGAUGAGUAAUGAGAGAGAAGCUUUGAGCAACAGAAAACGCUACCAUCGUCACUCUCAACAACAGAUCCAACAAAUGGAAGCGUUUUAUAAAGAAUGUCCACAUCCGGACGAGAAGCAAAGGAAAGAACUGAGUAUUCAACUUGGGAUAGAACCAAUUCAAGUCAAAUUUUGGUUCCAAAACAAGAGAACACAAAUGAAGACGCAGCACGAGCACAACGAGAACGCCCAGCUCCGAACCGAAAACGAACGACUCCGGGCUGAGAAUUUAAGGUUUCGAGAAGCUCUCAUCAAUAUUUCUUGCCCUAAUUGUGGUGUUCCAAAUUUUCAAGAAAGCCAACUAAUGGAAAAUUAUUCCUUAAAUCAGCACGCGAGCAAACCCUCUUCUUGGGCCCCACAUUUAGCCAUCGGUCCCAUUAAUAAUGAAGUUGAGAGCGAAGAUUAUCGGGCGGCUGUGAUGGAGGCGGCGAGCUCCGCCAUGGAGGAGCUCGUGAGAGUAGCUCAAUUGGGUGAACCGUUGUGGGUGGCGAGCGCAGACCGCCACACUUUUGUGUUGAAUGAAGAGGAAUAUUUUCGGGCUUUUCCCAAGGUUUUCGGGCCUAGGAGAGAUGGGUUCAAAUCCGAGGCGUCGCGGGAAGCCAUUGUUGUUCCCGCCACGGCUGCGGAUGUCGUUGGGAUCCUAAUGGAUGUGGAGCAAUGGACAAAUGUGUUUUCAGGAGUAGUUUCACAAGCAACGAACUUGCAAGUCGUGUCGUCUGGAUUGGAGGGAACGUAUAAUGAAGUUGUGCAAGUGAUGACUGCGGAGUUUCACGUCCCAUCGCCGGUGGUUCCGACUCGCGAAAGCUACUUUGUGCGACAUUGUAGACGACACGUGGAUGCCACGUGGGCCGUGGUCGAUGUCUCUUUAGAUCACUUACAUUCUACUCCGUCCAACACAUGUCGGAGAAGACCUUCCGGUUGUCUCAUUCAAGACAUGCCUAACGGUUACUCCAAGGUGAUAUGGGUCGAGCAUGUUGAAGUGGAAGGCGGAGGCGUCCACAGCAUUUAUAAACCACUAAUUACGGCCGGUCUAGCUUUUGGGGCACGGCGGUGGAUUGCGAUUCUCAACGGAUAUUGCCAACGUGUUGUGAUCGGAUUGGUUCCUUCGGAUAUCGAUUUUUUAGAAAAUCAACAAGGUAGGAAAAGCAUGCUGAAGCUAGCAGAAAGAAUGGUAGCAAGAUUUUGCCGCGGAGUAAACACCUCAAUUGCAAAUAUAUGGACAACCAUAUCUGGGUUUGGGAACUCAAGCGACUGUGUCAAAAUCAUGACUCGGAAAAAUGUGGAUGAUCUGAGCAUGCCGUUAGGGUUUCACCUCAACGUCGCCACUUCAUUUUGGUUGCCCAUCCCGCCCAAGAGGGUCUUCGAUUUCCUCCGCGAUCACAAUAAUCGGAAAGAGUGGGACAUGCUUUUAAACGGAGGUGAUGUUGAAGAAAUGGCCCACAUUGCGAGUGGCAAAGAAGAUGGAAACCGUGUUACAAUGUACCAAGUAAAGGCUAUGGGUGGAAGCUCGAGUGAAACGAUAAUGCUGCAAGAAAGUCGCAAAGACCCCACGGCCUCCUACGUCGUUUACGCCCCAAUCGACAUGAUCUGUGCAGAGACGAUUUUAGGUGGCGGCGAUCCCAUUUCCGUACCCUUACUUCCGUCGGGAUUCGCCAUUCUCCCCGAUGGCCCGACUCGCGGCGGCCGAACCACGGCGGAAGGGGAAACCGGAGGAUCGCUUUUGACGGUGGCCCUUCAGGUUUUGGUAGAUUCAACUCCUGAUGCAAACCUUAAUUCGGGAUCGCUUGCAGUAGCUAACAAAAUAAUUUGUGGCAUUAUGGAUAAAAUUAAACAAGCUCUCAUCACCUGAUCUUCAUUAUAAGGUAAGGUGCAUUGUUUCUUAUACUAUAUUUAAAUAUUAGCUCGAAUUUUAAUUUCCACCGUUCUUCUUCUUCUUCUUCUUCUUCUUCUUCUUCUAUUCUAGGGGUUUUGGCAAAUAAAAUCAUGAAUUAUUUCGAAUUUACAAAUUUAACGUGAUUUUUGAAGUGCGGCGAAUUAAGCCACCAUCUUUUCAAUUUUUGCAAUUCAAUCUCCCCAGGUUUUUGCGGUCGUCGGAUUGUUGAAUUAGAGUUUACGGCGACUAGUUCUUCAUGUAAUAUUUAUGUUACGACAUCAUUUGUAAUAAAAUUGUUGAAUAUUAGAAAUUAUGGUGCAAAUACAGGGUACAAUUCAAUCAUUUAA